AUAUGAGAUGGAUAGAUAUGAGAUAGAUAGAUAAAUAUGAGAUAGAUAUUAGAUAGAUAGAUAGAUAGAUAGAUAUGAGAUAUAUAGAUAUGAGAUAGAUAGAUAAAUAUGAGAUAGAUAUGAGAUAGAUAGAUAUUAGAUAGAUAGAUAGAUAUGAGAUAGAUAAUGAGAUAUAUAGAGAUUCUUCUUGUCUUGCUGGGGACUAUUCUUUAUGUUUUGCUGUGUUGUAGAGCACUGCGCUGGACUGUUUUCUUAAUCCCUUAAACAUAUGUGUUCAAUCCUUCCCACUCCCACAUUCUGUCACAGCUUUUAGCCCACCCUGUGCAAUUUCAUUACCCCCUUGUGCCAUUUCAGAGAUUUGAGGAACUGUGCAGGAUUUUGCGGGUCCCACUGUAUGUUCUGUGACCGCCCACUCACUAUAAACUUCCCGAUCCCACAAGUUUUAUAUUGGGGUCCCAUUGCAGUCCUUUACUGUGUAGCAUUCUUCUUGUCUUGACAGGGACUAUUCUGGUCAUGCUAUGGACUAUCUUUGUCUUGCUGUGGACUAUCCUUUUUUUGCUGUGGACUGUCUUUCUUGUCUUGCUGAGUAAUUUCCUUCUUGUCUUGUUGUGGACUAUGCUUUAUGUCUUGUUGUGGACUAUGUUUCAUGUCUUGCUGUGGACUAUCCUUGUCUUGUUGUGGACUAUCCUUUAUGUCUUGCUGUGGACUAUCCUUCAUGUCUUUCUGUGGACUGUGCUUGUCUUGUUGUGGACUAUCCUUUAUGUCUUGCUGUGGACAAUCCUUCUUGUCUUGCUGUGGACUAUCCUUUAUGUCUUGCUGUGGACAAUCCUUCUUGUCUUGCUGUGGACUAUCCUUUAUGUCUUGUUGUGGACUAUCCUUUAUGUCUUGCUGUGGACUAUCCUUGUCUUGGUGUGGACUAUCCUUUAUGUCUUGCUGUGGACUUUCUUUCUUGUCUUGCUUUAGGCUAUUCUUCUUUACAUUACUAUUCUUUAUGUUUUGCUGUGUAGUAGUCUUCUUGUCUUGCUUUGGACUAUCCUCCUUCUCAUACUGUGGACUAUCCUUCUUAUUUUGCCGUGGACUAUUCUUUUUGUCUUACAAGGACAAUCCUUCUUGUCUUGCCAUAGACUAUCCGUCUUGUCUUGCUGUGGACUAUCCUUCUCAUCUUGCUGUGGACUAUCCUUCUUAUCUUGCUGUGGACUAUCCUCUUAUCUUGCUGUGGACAAUUCUUCUUGUCUUGCUGUUGACUAUCCUUGUCUUGGUGUGGACUAUCCUUUAUGUCUUGCUGUGGACGUUCUUUCUUGUCUUGCUUUGGGCUAUUCUUCUUGACUUUACUAUCCUUCUUGUCUUACAGAGGACUUUUCUUCUUGUCUUGUAAACUUUUCAUCUUGUCUUGCCAUAGACUAUCCUUUUGUCUUGCCAAGGACUAUUCUUCUUCUUGCUGUGGACUAUCCUUGUCCUGCUGUGCACUAUUCUUUUAGUCUAGCUGUAAACUAUCAAUUUUGUCUUGCUAUUGACUAUCCUUCCUGUCUUGCCAUGGACUAUCCUUCUUGUCUUGCCAUGGACUAUCCUUCUUGUCUUGCUGUGGACUAUCCUUCCUGUCUUGCUGUGGACUAUACUUCUUGUCUCACAUGGACUAUUCUUCUUGUCUUGCCGCGCAUUAUCCUUCUCGUCUUGCCAUGGACUAUCCUUCUUUUCCUGUUGUGGACUAUCCUUUUUGUCUUGCCGUGGACUAUCCUUGUCUUGCCGUGGACUAUCCUUCUUGUCUUGCCGUGGACUAUCCUUCUUUUCCUGUUGUGGACUAUCCUUUUUGUCUUGCCGUGGACUAUCCUUGUCUUGCCGUGGACUAUCCUUCUUGUUUUGCCGUGGACUAUCCUUCUUGUCUUGCCAUGGACUAUCCUUCUUGUCUCACAUGGACUAUUCUUCUUGUUUUGCCGUGGAUUAUCCUUCCCAUCUUGCCAUGGGCUAUCCUUUUUGUCUUACUGUAGACUAUUCUUCUUGUCUUGCCGCGGACUAUCCUUGUCCUGCUGUGGAUUAUCCUUCUUGUCUCACAUGGACUAUUCUUCUUGUUUUGCUGUGCAUUAUCCUUCUCAUCUUGCCAUGGACUAUCCUUCUUGUCCUGUUGUGUACUAUCCUUCAUGUCUUACUGUGGACUAUCCUUCUCAAGUUGGCAUGGACUAUCAUUUUUGUCCUGUUGUGGACUAUCCUUUUUGUCUUGACGUGGACUAUCCUUCUUGUCUUGCUGUGGACCAUCCUUCUUGUCUUACAUGGACUAUUCUUCUUGUCUUGUCGUGGAUUAUCCUUCCCAUCUUGCCAUGGACUAUCCUUUUUGUCUUACAGAGGACUAUUCUUUUGUCUUGCCGUGGACCAUCCUUGUCCUGCUGUGGACUAUUCUUCUUGUCUUACCAUAGACUAUCCUUCUUGUCUUACUGUAGACUAUCCUUCUUGUCUUACUGUAGACUAUUCUUCUUGUCUUGCUGUAGACUAUCCUUCUUAUCUUACUGUAGACUAUCCUUCUUGUCUUACUGUAGACUAUCCUUGUCUUACUGUAGACAAUUCUUCUUGUCUUACUGUAGACUAUCCUUCUUGUCCUGCUGUAGACUAUCCUUCUUAUCUUGCUCUGGACUAUCCUUCUUGUCUUGCUCUGGACUAUCCUUCUUGUCCUGCCGUAGACUAUCCUCCUUGUCUUGCUGUAGACUAUCCUUCUUGUCUUGCCGUAGACUAUCCUUCUUGUCCUGCUGUAGACUAUCCUACUUGUCUUACUGUAGAAUAUUCUUCUUGUCCUGCUGUAGACUAUCCUUGUCUUACUGUAGACUAUCCUUCUUGUCUUACUGUAUACUAUUCUUCUUAUCCUGCUGUAGACUAUCCUUCUUGUCUUGCUGUGGACUAUCCUUCUUGUCUUGCUGUGGACUAUCCUUCUUGUCUUGCUGUGGACUAUCCUUCUUGUCUUGCUGUGGACUAUCCUUCUUGUCUUGCUGUGGACUAUCCUUCUUGUCUUGCUGUGGACUAUCCUUCUUGUCCUGCCGUAGACUAUCCUCCUUGUCUUGCUGUAGACUAUCCUUCUUGUCCUGCUGUAGACUAUCCUUCUUGUCUUGCCGUAGACUAUUCUUCUUGUCCUGCUGUAGACUAUCCUUCUUGUCCUGCUGUAGACUAUCCUUGUCUUACUGUAGACUAUCCUUCUUGUCUUACUGUAGACUAUCCUUCUUGUCCUGCUGUAGACUAUCCUUCUUGUCCUGCUGUAGACUAUCCUUCUUGUAUUACUGUAGACUAUUCUUCUUGUCCUGCUGUAGACUAUCCUUCUUGUCCUGCUAUAGACUAUCCUUCUUGUCUUGCCGUAGACUAUCCUUCUUGUCCUGCUGUAGACUAUCCUUGUCUUACUGUAGACUAUCCUUCUUGUCCUGCUGUAGACUAUCCUUCUUGUCCUGCUGUAGACUAUCCUUCUUGUCUUGCCGUAGACUAUUCUUCUUGUCCUGCUGUAGACUAUCCUUCUUGUCCUGCUGUAGACUAUCCUUCUUGUCUUGCCGUAGACUAUCCUUCUUGUCUUGCCGUAGACUAUCCUUCUUGUCUUUCUGUAGACUAUCCUUCUUGUCUUGCCGUAGACUAUCCUUCUUGCCUUACUGUAGACUAUCCUUGUCUUUGGGUUAGGUAUCCUGCAUCAUGCACCUCCUGGUCAGCUCUGUGCCCUUUUUUUUUUUUCAAUAGCCUCGUGAUUGGACAAGGUCACUUGCCCUGCCGCAGCAUCUCAUCUUUUUUGGCUGAUCCACUGGCACGUCCGCGUUGCAUCAUGGGAUUUGUAGUAGAAAAAAAGGAGAGCGGUCUCAUGACCAGGACUGGAGCGAAGUCUUCAGCUGACUUGGGCUCGGUCGGUCACAGACACUUGAGUGACCAGUCCGACCAGUCCACCUCCUCCCCCCUAAUCCUUGCUGGUGGGAUUGUUAUGUUCUCUCCUUUUCUCUAAGCUUGUGCAGUCUGAAAAGGGAAGAGUUAAAGGGACAUUCCAACCAGGAAGCUGCCCUGAAUAUCUUCUAUUCCAGUCUGUAGGACUGGGAAAGGAAGGGGGGGAUUAUUUAACACUUUAAUUUCCAGAUUUAUCGUUUUUAGUGGGAACCGCACGCUGGGGAAAGGCAAUGCUGGUGAAUGAAGGGUUAAGCGUGCACUGAGUGUGUAAAGUCCAGCCUCCUCCUCCCUUACAGCAACCUCCUCCACUCACACUCAGUGCAGGGAUUAUGGGAGGCCCUCAUUAUGCAAAUCUGACAAUCCCAGGCCACUCCUCCAGGUAUUGGGCUUUCCUAUGGCCAGCAGCCGGGUGCUGGGCUUCUGCAGUGUGGGAUCACAAGGCCUCGCAGUCGGGGGUUUGCUGAGUCACAUGAACAGGGACAACUUCUGGGCGCUGCUGUGACUUUAAGAAAUGAAAGCCCCAAGCUGCUUACUCCAGAGGAACUAGAAGGGGAAACUCCGCUAUUCCUGGAAGAAGGCAGAGUUCCCGGACACCUCCACGGCUCCUGGUGCUCAGCGUGAAGAGAAUGAUCCCGAUUGUUCCUGACGUCUACCCUCGGGCCACCACACUGGAGAUGAUAUUCCGAUAGGCUGAGGCCGCGGGGAUUUUUUUUCAGAAGGUCUAUGCCAGCAGUCAUCUUGCCACCUCCUCUUUUUGGGACCAGGGAUGCUAGGAAACAAUCCACUUGUUCCAACUCCUGAAUUCCAGUUUCGGUCCACCUUGGUGUCCCGCAGUUGAGGUGAAGCCAUCGUCUAAUCUCCGGCCCCGUCAAUGGACAUGGAACGCUUACGACACUUGCCCCUUUUUCCGUUUUGACCCUUCUGAGACCCCCCCUCUACAGGGAACUGGGAGCCUCUUUGGGAAUACAGUGUUUCAUGAAGCUUCUCUAGAAGGAAUCCCGUAGAUGUGGAGCCAUGUCUUGGUUUGGAGAAUUUCAGUGGUUAUGCUUGGUCACCCUCUUUUUUGCCUCCUUGUUGACCAUCGCUGUCUAUCUGGUCCAGUACGCCCUGAAUGGUUGGAGGAAACGUAAAGCGAGGUCGCCUUAUGGUGGCGCACAGGGUGAGGCCGACACUCUACUGUCCUGGAUAUUAUCUCUGAAUAGCUGGCGGAGUCAAUGGCUGAAGGCUUGGAUAGCUGCCCUCAACGAAGAGGCCGGGAAAA